UAAUAGUAUUGAUGUUAUUGUAUGUCAAUAGCAAAGCACGUGUUGACCAAAAACACGACUUUUGAUGACAACUCUAGAACUGAAGUAUUGAUUGUUGUGAUAAUGGAUGCGAUCAAUGAAUUUAAUUUGUUGACCACAAAUGCACAACAAAUUGAAAGCAAUUGUUUUGAAUUAAUGGUCAAAGAAUUGUUAAAUGAAGUCAAAGUUAAAGACAAACUUUUAUUAAAAAUUAAUGAUUGGAUCAAACAAUUUGAGUCUAAGUUGAGAUCAAUUAAGAGCAGCAAAAGUUAUCAAUUGACGGAUCAGUUGUGGUGUAAAUCAUUGAAAGUGCCUAUAAUUCAGGAGCCAUUUGAAGUCAACGGAGUGUUUAACUUUGAGACACCAAAAGUGAUCAAAAUUAUCGGUAGUUAUGAUUUGAAAACAUUAAUCGGACCACAGAUUGUGGUCGAUUUGGCCGUUGAAAUACCGACUGAAUGUUGGCAAAGACAAGACAAUCUCAACCAUAGAUACUUUCGCAAAAGAGCUCUCUAUAUAUGUUAUAUUUGUCAAAUGAUUAAGUCAUGGGAACUAAUUGGUGACAUGAAGUUUACAUACUUUAAUGGAAAUCAUAUGAAACCUAUUGUUUUGGUGACGCCAUCGGAUCAACACUUAGCUAAAAGAUUUAGAUUAUCGUUGACAGCAUAUCCUAAAAGUGACCAAAAAGUUUAUCGGUUGAUACGCUUUAUACCGGAGAAGAAUAAUGUUCGCAGCAAUUGGUUUAAUAUUAAUGAUUCAAUUAGUGAUGACUUUGCCACUCCUAUAUACAACUCAAGCAUUCUUCAAGAUAUGAAUCUUAUAUUAAAUUAUGAAUAUUUAGCCAAAACUGUUGAACACAAUCAACACAUUAAAGAGGCGCUAAUAAUGUUGAAGAUUUGGCUCAAACAAAGACUAUUGAAGACUGAGUUUUGUUUUCCGUUAUCACUAUUUAUUUGUCAUUUGAUUGAAAGACAAAAAAUUAAUAAUAAUUUAAAUGGUAUCCAAAUAUUUAGAAACACAUUAUUAGCUAUUUCCACAUCCAAAUGGGAUACUGAAGGCAUUUCAUUGACCGACGAUGUCUAUGAAUCAAUUGACUAUUACAUGACAUACUUUCCACUUGUUUUCAUUGAUAUUAGUGGUCACCACAAUCUCUGUUGGGAUAUUACUAUUGAUCAAUACAACAGAUUAAGACACGAAUCAAAGCUUACGGUUGAAUGUUUGGAUUCAACGGAUAGAAACAGUUUUGAGACGAUUUUUAUAAAAUCAAUUUCUUUUGAAUUAAAAUUUGAUAUACUUUUUCACAUAUGCGUUGAACCACUUUUGAAAUGUUCAAAAGUAACUGAUAUAAGAAAUGACAUAAUAGACAAUUGCGAUGAUAUUAUUACAGCAUUUGUCGGACAUUUAGUGCCAUUAUUUCGACGAGUUGUAGAUAAAAGAGUCUCAUUAUUACAACAUAAGUCAAAAUCAUAUGACAGCUGUGAAUGGACUGUUGAUGAGUCACCUCCGCAUCCAAAUGACAGAAAAUAUUUAACAUUUGGUUUGUUAGUGGAUGAAGAAUAUUCAUAUAAUAAUAUAGAAAGAGGUCCAUUGGCUGACACCACAGAAGCUAAAGAAUUUAAAGAUUUUUGGGGAGAAAAGUCUGAAUUGAGACGAUUUCAGGACAACUCUAUUUGUGAAGCCGUCUAUUGGGACGCAAAAAAAUUAUGUGAAAAGAGACAAAUUAUAGCAAAUUCGUUGAAAUAUAUAUUAAGUAAUAUUUUGGAAAUUCCUACGGAUUCACUUCUGGCCACUACUUCACUGUUGGAUCCGUUAGUUAGUCUUACAAAUCUAAAAUUUGAAAACAAAAAUACAAUUUAUGGUACGUCUGAAGAAUUUUCUAUAGCUCUUUCACAUCGAUUUGAUUCAUUAGCUAAAAAGCUAAGAACAUUGGAUGGAUUGCCACUAAUGAUAACAAAUAUUCAAUCAAUUGAUUCAGUAUUUCGUGGCACAGAUGUCUUUCCGCCGAUACCUUUAAAUAGUGAAAAGUCAUACAAAUAUCAAACAAAUGUUAAUUUAUUUGAUCUCUUAAUUGACGAAAGAGUUCCCAAAUAUUUUAAACCACUGAAAGUUAUACUUAAUUUGGAGGGAAGUGGCAAAUGGCCCGAUUCUUUGGAUGCUUUCUAUAAAGUUAAGGCAUCUUUUUAUGUUGAAAUGGCACAAAAAUUAUCGGAACAGUUCGGACUUAUAUCAUAUGCCAACACUGAUUACGUUGACAUAUAUGAAGAAGGAUUUGUAUUCAGAGUUAUCAUUAGUUUACAUAAAGAAUUGGUUUUAUUGAGACAAAUGACUACAAGUGAUGGACAGAUAAAGAGAAUUGAAAACAAAUUGGCCGAUGAUUUAGAAAAUACAUUUGAAGUGUUGCCUAAAAUAAACAGUGCUUUAAAUGCAUUAAAUCGAAAACAUCUCUGUUUUGGUAUUACCUGUCGAUUAGUUAAACGUUUUAUAUCAGCACAGAUGUUGUCUUAUUAUUUUGAAGAUAUUGUUUUAGAUCUAUUAGUGGCUUAUAUUUUCUUGAAUUCACAUCCAUAUACAGUUCCAAAUUCUCCAGUUUGUGGUUUCUUCAGAUUUUUGUCGUUGAUAUGUGAACACAAUUGGAAAAUUUCACCACUAAUUGUUAAUUUUAAUAACGAAUUAAAUGAAGAAACAAUAUCACAGAUAAUAACAAAGUUUACUAAAGAUCGACCAAAUUAUCCGCCAAUGUUUGUGGUCACUGCUUAUGAUAAGCAAUGGUCUAAAUGGACUCAAAAAUAUCCCGAUCCUAUUAUUUUGAAUCGAUUUAUAAAGUUAGCAAUUGUGGCCAGAAAUACGUUGAAAUAUCAAUUGGAAAAUCCAUUGGAAGUUAAUCCAAAAGUAAUAUUUAGACCUGAUUUGGAUAUCUAUGAUAUUAUUAUACGAUUAAAAUCACAUCAAAUACCUAAUCAAAUACAAGGCAUAGAUUUUCCUGAAAAAUACGAGUUUGUGGUCAAAGAUUUCAACACAGAGUUCACUCAACGAAUGCCAAUAACAGAUUUCCAUCCAAUCGACAAAUAUCUAAAUCUAUUAAGAAGUUGUUAUUCAGAGUUUGCCCUCUUUUUCUACGACUGUUUCGGUGGCCGUCAAAUUGGUGUCCUAUGGAAACCAUCAGUAUUUGAAAGCAGAUCUUUUACCACAUAUUCAAUUAAAGGCGGUAUACUGUCUUCUACUGCAGAUAAAAGUGGUACACAAAAUGUGGUGACAAAUAUUGAGGCUAUUAUUGAAGAUUUUAAUAUUUUAGGCGAAGGCAUUGUUAGUCAAAUUCAAGUAAUGACACAUAAUAUGAGUAAACGAAUUGUUAAUUAGAUAUCUUUAUUUUACAAAAAAAUAAUCCUUAAAACACAUGAUAUUA